UGAGCUAGAAGAGGACACAGCUAGAGUCUACCAGCUUCACUACUGCAGCCUGGGCUCCUUUCUUGGAUAUGACAGGCAGCCUGUGAUUUGGAGGAAUCCGGAGUCACUCUGAUUUACUCUCACUGCUCUUCUAUCAUCUGGUUUCCCAACGGAGCUUGUUGCCAAGUCUGCACUCAUGUUAGUCCACGCAUACUCUGCCAUGGAUCGCUCUGAUGCCCUGAACGGAUCUGCCAGCGGUGGCCGCUUGUCCCAGCUUUCCUCUCUCAACCAAGGGGCUUAUUCCUCUGCUCCCCCGCUCUGUCACACCCCAGUAUCUGACUUCCAGCCCCCUUACUUUCCUCCCCCAUACCCCCAGCCACCUUUAUCCUACUCACAGAGCCAAGAACCUGGAUACCCUCACCUGGGAGACCCAUACUCUGGCAUCAACCCCAUCCACCAGCACCAGCAGCAGGCAUGGCACUCACAGAGGGGGCGGCAAGACGAGGCUGCUCUGCUCUCUCAAGCUCACAGGGGGCUCAGCCUAGACCACCGGAGGGACUAUGGGGGAGUACCACGUCUAAUACCUGCUCUGGGAGAUGGUGGGCACAGCCUGGUAGAGAGUGCCCUAUCUAUGCACGCACUGUCACACCACAACCUGGAAGACAUGCAGGUUUUGGAUGAAUCUGGAAUCAGUUUGCUGGACCAGUCAGUGAUAAAGAAAGUUCCAUCCAAGAACAAUGGCAGCAUGAUGUCUUCCCUAACUCUCAAUAAAGAAAGCCUCAUAGGUGGCGUGACAAAUCCAAACGAAGUUUUCUGUUCUGUCCCUGGGCGCCUGUCCCUACUCAGUUCCACAUCUAAGUAUAAAGUGACGGUGGGAGAGGUCCAAAGACGGUUGUCACCCCCUGAGUGUCUCAACGCAUCCCUGCUUGGAGGAGUUUUACGAAGGGCAAAAUCAAAAAAUGGUGGUCGUUGUCUUCGAGAAAGGUUGGAAAAAAUUGGUUUGAAUUUGCCUGCCGGUAGACGUAAAGCUGCCAAUGUUACUCUGUUAACAUCUCUAGUAGAGGGGGAGGCUGUGCAUCUUGCGCGAGACUUCGGCUAUACCUGUGAGACGGAAUUCCCAGCUAAAGCUGCAGCAGAAUACCUGUGUCGGCAACACUCGGACCCAGCAGAGCUGCAUGCAAGAAAGAAUAUGCUGCUGGCUACCAAGCAGAUUUGCAAAGAAUUUGCUGACUUGUUGGCUCAAGACCGUUCUCCAUUGGGAAACAGCCGUCCAUCUCUAAUCUUGGAGCCAGGUGUACAGAGCUGUCUGACUCACUUCAGCCUAAUCACACAUGGCUUUGGAGUCCCAGCCAUAUGUGCAGCACUUACUGCUUUCCAGAACUACCUACUUGAGUCACUUAAAGGCAUGGACAAGAUCUUCAUGAACAGCACAGGGAAUGGACAUUCAACAGGGGAAUCUAAACCUUCAGAUAAAGACAUUAAACAUAGGAAAUAAAGAACUGUGACAGCCACAGUGGGGCCUGGAAUAAAAAGAUGACUGCUAGACAGCCAUGACAAGUUUGGCCAGUGGUGCACCUGGGACCUAGACCAACAAUUCUGCAUGUUUUCAGCGUAUGGAGUUUCAUUUAAAAACUCUAAGCCUACUGAGGAGGGUUGAUGUGAAGACGAUGACAGAAUCUCACUAAGGUGAAUUACAUAUCAGAUUUGUUUGCUAGGAACACAGACUACUAUACAGAUAUCAGACUUGUUGCAACAUUCUUGCAGAGUAUGUAAGAAUAACGUAACUUCCAUCACAAAAGAAUAAUGGGUCCUCUGUAACACAGGAAGCGGUUAUUGCACACACCUCCAUCAUAUGUCUUUGCCUGAUCUUCAACUAUACAACCAAAUGUUGGCAUAUUUUCUACUUUAACUGAGAUAUUUUGAUUUAACAACAAAUUGUAUAUAUGAAUAAUUCAGUGGAAAAAAGUUUAUGACAAUCUACAGUCAA